UUCCUUGCAACUUCAAGUCGCCACCAGCAGUCCAUAGUCUCCACACAAGAGCGAACGGCACCACACAACUGUUCUCCUUCCUCGCCACGCCCGGUACGUACGGCAGUCGGCAGCUAACCUAGCUAGGAGGCAUGCAGGGCGGCGGCGGCGGCGGGAUGGAGGAGGCGGCGGCGGCGGCCAAGAACCGGAGCGGCGGUGUUGGUGAGCGCGCCGCCGUGGAGGUGCUGGAGGGGCCUCGUUUCCGGCGGGUGUGUGUGUUCUGCGGGAGCAGCUCCGGGAAGCGCAGCAGCUACCGCGACGCCGCCGUCGAGCUGGGCAAGGAACUGGUUGCUCGUCGGAUGGAUCUGGUGUACGGAGGAGGCAGCCUGGGGCUCAUGGGGGAGGUCUCGGAGGCCGUCCACAAGGCCGGCGGCCACGUCAUCGGCGUCAUACCUACCACUCUCAUGGGCAAGGAGAUCACCGGGGAGACGGUGGGGGAGGUGGUGGCGGUGUCGGGGAUGCACGAGCGGAAGGCGGCCAUGGCGCGCAACGCCGACGCUUUCAUCGCGCUGCCCGGCGGCUACGGCACCCUGGACGAGCUGCUCGAGGUCAUCGCAUGGGCGCAGCUCGGCAUCCACACCAAGCCAGUGGGGCUGCUGAACGUGGAUGGGUACUACGACUUCCUGCUGGCCUUCAUCGACAAGGCGGUGGACGACGGCUUCAUCAGGCCAUCCCAGCGCCACAUCUUCGUCAGCGCGCCCGACGCCAGGAGCCUCGUCCGCAAGCUCGAGGAGUACGUGGCGGUGGUGGACGACCCGGCGACGCCCAAGCUGCGGUGGGAGAUCGAGCAGGUCGGCUACAACGCCACGCUCCAGGCAGAAAUCGCCCGCUGAUGGAUCGACACUUGCUCAAUUACGCUACUUACCUUAUUACUACUAUUGUAUGACACCAACUGAUUACUGGCCCGCUAGUGGUUAACUAAUUAAUUUGGUACGAUCACACGUACGCCAUGCAUUCCUGCAUGUAGUACGAACGGAGAAACGGUGCAUGCAUUCGUGCGUGUUACUUCGAACACGUUCCAGCUUGUGCCUGCUAAUUACUACUCCCUCCGUCCCGUAAUGUAAAAACGUCUUACAUUAUGGGACGGAGGAAGUAGUUGGUUGGAACUGUGUAAUAGUGCUGUAGUAUCUAUUUUGAUGAUGUACUGAACUUAUCUGGAA